AUGUCUCCGCCUCAUCGUGCUUCUCCCCUCGUGCCUGACUCUUCGACCCAUGAACAGCAAAUCUCCAAUCCGACUUAUCACCCGCCCUUUCAGAAUUCUCACCACCGUCACCCCGAUGCCGCUCAAUCCACCCGUUCCCCUACCGAGUCACAGUCUCGUUCAGCAGUGCUUUACGUCCAAUCAUCACCAUCACUUCAGUUAUCACCUACCUUGAGCCCACUCCCUUCUACGUCUACUGCUGCCCAUCCUUUUCCAGUGGUGGACCGCAGUCAUAAACGCAUCAAGGGACCAGUCGCUCGCAGCGCCGCGGCUUGCAACCUUUGUCGAUCUCAGAAGAUGAAGUGCGAGGGCCCAAACCACGCUCCUUGUCGAAGAUGUGUAAGAAAUAAUGUCGAUUGCGUAUUUGGAGAGAGUCAAGGAAGGGCUCGACAGAUAUUAUGGAGUAAAAGAACGGAAGAGCUAGAGAUGAAGGUGAUGAAACACGAAGAAGAACUGAAACAAGCCAUGGCAAUGAUCGCCAAACUUCAACAGUACACCUCGUAUUGUAAGGCCAUCAGGGCUGCAAAACCAGGACCUAGAAGGAGCGAUUUAGUAGAUCGGGGGAAACUCAGUGAACAGAAGGCAGAAGAAUUGUUCGAAAUCAUAACCUCAGGAAGAGAUCCGCAAUGGGAGUCAUCGAAGCGAUUGGGCGCCACAGAUACCAUGGCUGAAUCUAGUGAGUUGAUUUGUGAAGACAUUCGAGUGACACAGUUUGACCUAAAGAUUGCGAAUCAGCCGGACUCCUUCGAUAAUGUGCGAUGUAGCACCGGUGCGAAAGGCAAGAGGGACGUGGUAUCUUAUCGAAUAGCGAAAUCGAAUGUGAUUGAGCUUGUGAUUGAUGUGCUUUGUUACCGUUACUUUCCACAUGAUCAACCACAAUCAUACCAGGAUGUGAUUGCAAUAAUUGGUUGUAUAGUACAUUGCGGGCUUGGGUUAGACCCAGCACUUGUGGUGGAUUAUGCAGAACAUCUUAGACUUCGAGAUGUGUUUGAUCGGCUUCCGGAGGAACGAUGGCAGGGUGAAUCUGAUCAACGUCAAUUACUGUCAAUUGCGAGAACAUUCAUCGGAGUGUAUAUACAUACGGUCUUGUUCAGUGAUUCGAAUUGGGAUGGUAAUUUGAAAUACUUUGUAGGAUAUUAUGCAUUGAUGGAAGAAGCCCAGAUCAAGCUUGAUAGUCAUUAUCGGUUGGGUGCCAUUGAUGUGACAGACCGAAUUGUGCAUAUUGAAAGAUAUUCAGCUUUGGUAUCUUCGUGGAAGAUGGAUUGGGAAAGUGAACUCAAACGAAAGGGUGAUUCAGUAUCAUCUGAUGCUGUCAUUGAAUUUGAGCUCAUGUAUCACCGUGUAAGUUCGACUUUGAGGCGUGAGAAAAGUCCUGACCUAUGCUCUGGACUCUCAUCACUUCGUGUGAAACAGGGCAUGACCUACCUAGCCUGUUUCGCCACGGCUGGGUCCAGGAAUGGACGAGAAAUCUUUUCCGACCCACGUCGACUGAGAUUAGCACGGCAGGGUGUGAAUCACGGUAUCGCGAUCUUGAACCAGUUUAUCGACUCAAGAUUGGCUCAACCUGAUGUUCCUUGUGUACAUGUCAUCAAGGAUCUUACAGAUGAAUUAAGAAAAGAAGGAGACGAAUGGGGUGGUGGAACAGAGGAUUCUUAUGUGACCACUCUUCAAAAGCUUUCAUCUCAAUUAGAUGAAGUUCAAGCUAAACGAACAGAGCGUAGGAGUACUGAGGGUUCGAGGGGAACAGAUGAUGGGAGUGAAAGCUUUCUUGAAACCAAGACUCCUAUUCAACCUCAAAUUAAUCUUUCUGAAGCUACUGCAACAUCGACAUCGGAGAUGCCGAUGCCAAAGAUUGUGAUGCCUGAAGAUCAAAUGAACCCGCCGACAGAGUCUAUAGGCGUCACUCACUCGGCGAUCAAAGUAGAAAAUGUUACCCAUCCAACCCUUCCAGUUGCUGUGCGUCCAUCAAAUGAAUCCAUCCACGGAAAUAACGCAGUUACAUCGGGGUGGCUAGUAGACACGGCUAACUAUACAGCAAAUCAAUACGGCCAUCAGUCACAGGAGAUGAUCGACCAUGAGAUGGGAGGACAAGCUAUGAUGACUUCUAGCCCUACGACAGCAUUGAUGUAUGAACCUCUUGGUUCAGCUCCACCUUGGAAUCUGCAUGAUCCAUCGAGUCCGGUGCUUCACUUUUCACCAACAUCGCCUAGUUUUGAUCAUAUAACUCAACUUCAUCAAUCUAAUGGGACUACGAAUCCAGCUGUUUAUGAUACACAUGGGUUUCAAACACAUCCAAAUCUCUCUGAUCAUUUCCAACCACAAACAUCAGAUAAUCAUCAUCAAUUUCAAUAUCAGCAUCAACCUAAUUUUGAUGGUUUACAACAACCAACAUUUGUUGUAGCUGAACAAACAAGGGAAAUGUUACAAAGUUUAAGAACGGUUUAUUCAGAUCGGGUGGAACAAAGUUGCUUUCAAACAAGUUCAUAG